AUAAGAGUGUUAACUGAAUAUCUAACAAGUGUUUUCCAUGUACAGCAUUAUACACGUUCGCGAAUAAAAAUUUUAUAUACAUUUUAUUGUUACGAGUUCUUUGAAACUCUAAUUUACGUUGUUCCUGCGAUGAUAAAUCAUUCUAUAUAAUUGCAAUGAAUUAUUGUACAUAUUAAAAAUUAGGUGCAAAAUCGUGAUCGUGCACAAGGGGAAACAAUAAAUGUAAAAUUGUUUAAUUCAGUAUAGUAUCUCCUCGGUGAACAUGCGAAGGUUGCCAUUGCCCGCCAAUGUUACUUUUUAGUUCCAUCUGCUUCCAAAUAUUAUUCAGAGUCGCCACUUACUUGAUGAACACAAAUAAGUUUUCAGUUCGUCGUGUUUUGCAUUAAAAAAAUUAACGUAUUUGAAGAAGCCGGUGUUGGAAAACCAUGACGUCUAAAGUCACUUUUAAAAUAACUCUGACCUCUGAUCCAAAAUUACCAUUCAAAGUAGAAUCCAACUGUUUCCGGACAAAUGAACAUUGAGAAUGUUCUUAAAGCUUUUCAGUGUGCUCAAUUUAUUGAGCUCACUAUUAAUAAAGCAUACGAGGUAGGGAAAGAAACUGUGCUCGAGAACAAUCUUCAGAAGCAUUGGUUGAAGGAGGGUAGAUCAGAUUUCUAUAAGUGCUCAGAAUUUAGGAAAGCGUGUGAUAAGUUAUUAGAGAUUUAUUUGAAGGACACCAAUGUUUCGAUCGACGUGGUGGAUGAAUUAUUUAAACUAUAUGUUCAGCAUUGUGGUACUGACAGACUAAAUGAUUUCGUUAAACAAAUUUUGAUCAAUGGAAUAUGUACAAAUAUAAUUGUAGGAUCGUUGGAAAAAUUAGAUUGUAUUCGUAAGGUGCUUAACGAUGGCUUUCAUUCGAAACUAGUCCACGUUGCUGUCAAUUUGCAAAGUAGCAGUAACGUCAAGAGAUUAAUAAUUACUGCAUUGUCAAGUAGACUUAUGAGUAACGAUGUAAACGUUUGCUUAGCUCUGAUAAAUUUAAAGAAAGCACCGCUUUUCAAAUUAAUGCUGAAUAAUUCUGAACUUUAUACGUAUUUUCUUGACUGCCUGUUUUACUUCGCACGAAAUAUGAAGCAAGUCGAUAAUCAGUGGAUAUCAAAAUGCGAAUUCGAAUACGAGCAUCUUGUUAAGACGAUAGAAGUGUUAUUAGAUGGUCCUCCGGAAAUUUCGAAAAUCACGCACAACAGAAUGCAAAUAGUUAAAACACAAUCCGGUGGUACGAUAUGGCGUAAAAUUGAAAACGAUAUUAGAUGACUUAGUGUGCCAGAUAACACACCUUUUACUGCUGUAUUAAAAUUUGCUGCUGAGGAAUUUAAAGUGUCGCCGUCGACUUCCGCGAUAAU